AUGCGCAAACCUGAGAGCAUCAGUUCAGCAAUCUUACUGUGGUACCAGUGCUUCUCCCCAGAUUGCGAAGACCCCGAUCAACAGCGGCAUCGAGGUUUCGAUCGCCCAGAAACUAGCGCGGCUCGGUGCUUCUCUCCCGACGAGGGAUUCGACCGUUAUGAAGGCCUAAUUCUGGAGCAGCCGGAUGCGGAGCUCGUGAGCUUGCUUGUUUCGUGCGCGGAGUCGAUAAGCUCUUUGAACCAUGAAGCUGUAGACUACUUCUUGGCUAGGCUUGGCGAAAGGGCCUCCCCCCGAGGAACCACAGUUCAAAGGGUAGCCGCUUAUUUCACCGAAGCCUUUGCUUUCCGGGCCGUGAGGCUCUUCCCACACAUGUUCUCCAUUGCCCCGCCCCGAGAGCUCACAUACCAUAUUGAAGAGUACAGUGACGACGACGACGACGGCGCCACUGCAUUGCGGCUUUUCAACUACGUUAGCCCGAUACCGAAGUUCCUACAUUUCACGCUGAACGAGAGACUACUGCAGGCGUUCGACGGCAAGGAGCGGGUCCACGUCAUAGAUUUCGACAUCAAAGACGGGCUUCAAUGGCCGAGUCUGCUGCAAAGCCUAGCUUCGAGGCCGAACCCGCCAAGCCAUGUGAGAAUCACUGGGAUUGGAAAGUAUAGGGAAAACCUUCAAGACGCCGGAGUUAGGCUCGCCAGGUUCGCCGAGGCGUUGAACCUCCCUUUUAAAUUUCAUGCGGUGGUUGAGAGAUUAGACGAUGUGAGGCUUUGGAUGCUCCACGUGAAAAGGGACGAAUGUAUUGCGGUAAAUUGCGUUCUCGUAAUGCACAAACUACUCUCCGACGUGAGCGGAAGUGCUUUGAGGAGGUUUUUGGAGCUAAUUCGGAGCACGAACCCUUCGAUCGUUCUUCUGGGAGAGCAAGAAGACGAGAACAAUGAGCAAAGAUGGGAGGUGAGAUUCGGUAAGUCGCUUCAGUACUAUUCGGCCAUUUUCGAUUCAUUAGACUCUCUUUUACCGGAAAAUAGUGCACUAAGGAUCAAGGUGGAAGAGAUGUUUGCUAGAGAGAUUAGGACCAUAGUGGCUUGGGAAGGGAGUGAGAGAGUAGAGAGGCAUGAGAGCUUUAGGAGAUGGAGGGAGAUAAUGGAAAAUGGAGGCUUUAGAAACUUGGAUAUUGGAGAAAGGGAGAUGGCUCAAAGCCAAACAAUAGUAAGGAUGUAUUCAUCUGAAAACUUCACAGUAGAGAGGCAAGGAGAAGGGGAAGGGUACCGUGGGCUUACUCUAAAGUGGCUAGAUCAGCCUCUUUACACAGUCUCUGCAUGGGCACCUAAUGAGCCUGCUCAUGUGGGUUAUUCAUCUUUAUCUCUACCAACUUAA